AUGAGCCCGCUCCCUCUGGCAGCCUGGAAUGUUCGUUCCCUUUUAGACAAUCCGAGGAGCAACCGACCGGAACGGAGGACGGCGCUAGUGGCAAGAGAACUGGCGCGCUACAAGGUGGACAUCGCCGCACUCAGCGAGACCCGAUUCUCCGAACAAGGCCAACUGGAGGAUGUGGGUACCGGCUACACCUUCUUCUGGAGCGGUCGACCCAGGGCAGAGCGACGAGACGCGGGUGUCGCCUUCGCCAUUCGGAACGACAUCGUGGGACGUCUGCCCUGUUUGCCGCAGGGCAUCAACGAUCGCCUGAUGAGCCUCCGCCUGCCUCUCUGGGGAGGCAAAUUCGCCACCAUCAUCAGCGCCUACGCUCCGACGAUGACCAACCCCGACGCCGCCGCAAGAGACAAAUUCUACGAGGACCUGCACGCCCUCUUGGCGACUGUGUCGAAGGCGGACAAGUUGAUUGUCCUUGGUGACUUCAACGCCCGCGUCGGCACAGAUCAUACUGCCUGGAGAGGAGUGCUGGGUCCCCACGGUCUCCGCGGCUCAAACGACAAUGCUCUGCUGCUGCUGCUCCGCACCUGCGCAGAACACCGCCUCAUCCUGACGAACACGUUCUUCUAUCUGCCGGAGCGAGAGAAGGCCACCUGGAGGCAUCCUCAGUCGCGCCAGUGGCACCUGCUGGACUACGUCCUCGUCCGGAGGCGAUAUCAGCGGGACGUGCUGGUGACGAAGGUGAUCGCGGGUGCUGACGAGUGGACCGACCGUCGCCUCGUCAUCUCGAAGAUGCGUAUUCGCCUACAGCCUCGCAGGAGACCACAAGGUAAGCGACCCCCAGGUAAGCUGAA